UCUCAGUCCAGGGGUAAGUUCAAGUCCACGGGUGAAACAGCCAGGAUGCCCUCCUGGAGGGAAAAGUGGCAGUGCCUCAUGAGGAGAGGCAUCCUCUGAUCACAGCAACAUCCACACCAGCCCAGUAAGAGCAGAGAGAGGGGAGGCAAGGAACCAGAAAAAGGAGGGGACAGAGACCAGAGAUGGGGAGACAGAGACCCAGAGCAAGGAUCAGAGACUAUGGGGUGGGCAGGACAGAAUCCUAGAGAGAGGGAGAUACAGUGCUGGGAUUUGAACGACUUAGAGUCCUGACUUUGUGACAAGGUGCUGAUUUGAAACCCCCGCACGAGAACUCCCCCACUCAGCCUCUGUAAGACCAGGACAGUAACCAAAUCUCAUAAGGUUGUUGAGGAACUUAAAUGGGAUCAUUCCUCUGAAGUCCUUGGCAAGUACCUGACCAAGCUUACCUGUUAUCAUUCCUUAAAAAAUAAAAUAAUUUUACAACUCAACAAGCUUGUGGGCUGAGAGCCAAACACUUACAUCUAUUGUGCCCUCAUCAUCUGGCUUUGAGGUCUGAAGGAAGUAUCUCGCUUAAAUGGAUCACCUCAUCUCUGACUCUUCCCAAAACCUGCUCCCCCACUGCUCUCCACCCAACUCUUCCCCAUCUCAGGGAACAGCAGAUGGAGCCCUGCAGUUGCCAGGCCAGCAUCCUUGAAUCCUGUCUGCCACUCAGUGCCCACAUCCAUUCCAUUAGCAAAAUCUGUCAGCUCUACUUCCAAAUUAAACCCAGAAUCCUCCACUACCCCCACCCUAGUCUGAUCCACCCUCAUCUCCUCCCUGGACCAGAGCAGUCAGCCUCUCCAAGCUCCCUAUUUCUGCCCUCUCCUCCUACAGUGUUCCCGAGGCCACCACCAGAGGGCGCCAUUAACACCUAAGUCCCCUGUUGUCCUUCUAUUCCGAGCCCUUCAGGGAUUCUGGGCUCACUCAGAGUCAAAGUCCAAGUUCUCACUGUGACCAAGGGCCUUGCGCGACCUGGCCGCCCCUCCUGCUCUCAACUCUCGCCCUCUCGUUCACCCCGCUACAGCCCUAACGGCCCCUCUUCCCUGCUCCUCAAACACACCUGGACUAUUCCUGCCAAGUCUGUGAAGCAACGGUUACAUUCUGAGGGCCUGGUAUGCGUCCUUCUUUGACUGCAUCCCCACAGCAACGAGGCAAGGGCAUUGUUCAGGGACAGACAGCUGCUCAGGGAGGUGGCAGCAGUUGCCAAGGCUAUACAGCCAGUACACUGAAGCUCAACCCAGCUCUGAACCUGGCGCUGAAUGCAGUGAACAAGCAAGGACGCUUGGCGGGACCCGGGGACCCGCCCGGGAACUGAGAUGCCCGUUCCUGGAUCCCGGCCCCCUCCUCAGCCCAGCCCUCACUAACGUCCCGCUCACCUGGUCCCGGGCCCCGCCGCUGCCUCCUUCGCUGAACUUGUGUAAAUUAUUUCAACUUUCCCGCGCCUGCGCACUGGACCAGAAAUCGGUAGAAAAGAAAGCUCCACUGCUCAAAAGCUCAACUGACGGGAAGGGGGGGUGUAGCUGCGAGUUCGAGAGCCACCGGACCCCAAAGACAGCGGUGGGCCCCAGCACCCUGCGCGCCCCGUCUUUCUAGGCCAGACCAUGGGAACCCAAAAGCCGCGGAUCCUGCCCUGGCUGGUGUCGCAGCUCGACGGGGGACAGCUGGAGGGCGUGGCCUGGCUGGACCAGAGCCGCACGCGCUUCCGCAUACCCUGGAAACACGGUUUGCGGCAGGAUGCCCAGCAAGAAGACUUUGGCAUCUUUCAGGCCUGGGCUGAGGCCAGUGGUGCCUAUACUCCGGGGAAGGAUAAGCCCGACCUGCCCACCUGGAAGAGGAAUUUCAGGUCGGCCCUGAACCGUAAGGAAGUGUUGCGUUUAGCUGAGGACCGGAGCAAGGACCCUCAUGACCCACACAAGAUCUAUGAGUUUGUGACCUCAGGAAGUGGGGACUUUCCUGAGGUGGACACCUCUCCAGACACCAAUGGCAGAUACAGUACCUCUGAUACCCAGGAAGAUACUCUAGAGGAAUUACUGAAUGAUCUGGCCUUGGUCCCAACCCCAAGUGAGGGACCCUUGAGCCUGGCUGCAACUGCUGAAGACCCCCUUCCGCUCUUGAUGAGCCCCAACUUAGACGUCCCUGCUCCCUACCCAAACCCAGAGCCCCCUGAGAACCCACUCAAGCAGCUAUUGGUGCCCGAGGAAGAGUGGGAAUUUGAGGUGACCGCCUUCUACCGGGGCCGCCAAGUCUUCCAGCAGACUGUCUUCUGCCCAAAGGGCCUGCGGUUGGUAGGGUCAGAAGCAGGGGACAGGACACUGCCUGGGCAGCCAAUAAUACUGCCAGACCCCGGGGCGUCCCUGACAGACAGGGGCGUGGUGGGCUACGUGAGGCGUGUGCUGAACAGCCUGGGCAAUGGACUAGCUCUGUGGAGGGCAGGGCAAUGGCUCUGGGCCCAGAGGCUGGGGCAUGGCCAUACCUUUUGGGCUGUGGGCGAGGAGUUCCUCCCUGACAGUGGUCACGGGCAUGAUGGUGAGGUACCCAAGGACAAGGAAGGAAGCGUGUUUGACCUGAGGCCCUUUGUAACAGAUCUGAUUGCCUUCAUCGAAGGAAGCGGACGCUCACCACGCUACACCCUCUGGUUCUGCGUGGGGGAGUUAUGGCCCCAGAACCAGCCAUGGACCAAGAAGUUCUUGAUGGUCAAGGUUGUUCCCACAUGUCUCAGAUCCUUGCUAGAAAUGGCGCGGUUAGGGGGUGCCUCCUCACUGGAGAACACUGUGGACCUACACAUUUCCAACAGCCACCCAUUCACCCUCACUUCGGACCAGUACAAGGCCUGCCUCCAGGACCUGGUCGAGGACAUGGAUUUCUAGGUCGCAGGGCAGGCCUGAGCCCUCACUCAGGGGUACAGGCUCUUUACCCCUCCUCACCUCAACCAAUAAACUAGCUCUUGCCACAGUCA